CGCCGCUGUCCGGCCCGUCGUCGCCGUCUGGACGACAACUCACAACCGACUAACCGAGCACUCGCUUGAGUGGCCUGGGACAGGAGCAGCUGCAGCGCGCCUGUCGGCGCUCGGCGGUGAGCAGCAACGACGGCUUGCUGCUGCGGUGCGCUUCAAGGUCCGCAGCAGCAAACUACGGUUAUCUCCAUAACUCUCCUAAGCCUCUGCUCUGCCUGCUACUCUCUUGCUCCCAGAAAUCCUCCCUCGCCCCAUACAGAAUCCACGCGGGUGCGCGUGUACAUGGUUUUUUCUGUUUUCCCACAAGAGUCUUUCGAUGGAAUUCGGUUGCAUCUUCGUUUCCAGUCCCACCACGUUGAACAGCAGAAAUCUAGGGAUUGAAAUUCACAUUUGGUUUCCUUUCGAGAUGUCUGGUGAUAGUGACCUAUGGAUGCUCAAAGCCCCAAUUCGCCCAGAAUGUAGUAUGUACACAACACAACCUGGAGGCAGCACCUAACCAGACUGGAUUUGGAAUAUUCGAUUGUCAUGUAGGAGACACAAUUGGGCAUCGCAUCUAGACCUGUGUGGACGUGUUACCUGAUCCAAGCCAAUUAGUCCUGCCCAAGACCAUGAAAUCUACAAGUCAUAAGCAGUGUUGUCGACAUAUGUCCACAUCAUGAUGAUUCAGAGGAACUGGCCGUGACUGGUUUGUUUUGUUAUGAUGAACAACAGUGUGGUCAAGAAAGGGAAGAAAACUAAAAAAACUCAGUCAAGAAGUUCAUUCAUGAGAAAUUAUUACCUGGUGAGGACUGACAGGAGCCCCACAAGUGUUCCUGCAAAACCCCACACCAUAUAACCAUUCUAUGCUACAAAUCCUGGUCUCGUUGCAGGUGGAAUGUUACGAGUGGUUCAGCUGUUUCUCCACGAGAUGUUUGUUUCCACCCGAAUCAAAAACACGAGUGGCCUUGUUUGAAGUUUCUCCUUUCUUCACGGCGGGGAGUUAGGUCGUGCGGCGCGCCUAGACGGAGGCGCAAAGCCUCUUGAACUAGUGUCAGGAACACGGCUUUUCGAUUUGGUCAAACGUGAAGAUGAGAGGGUUGCAUGUGACGCUGAAGACGCUCAUCAAGAUGAUUUCUUACAGAUUGGACGGGGAUCAACUUUUCUGGAUAGCAGAGUUUGUAGAUUUUUAGAUUGGGUGGUGAAUUCGACUGCUCACAAGUGAAGGGACUGAUCAAGUUGGCUGUUGCUUGGAUGAAGAGAGAAAAAAGUGCAGAGCCUCCUUUCAGUUAAUUUAGCUUUAAGUCAAUAAAACAGCAAUAUGGUGAAAAAAAGAAGUAUGCAGUUUUUUUCUUGAUUCAAAGCACCUGCGGUACCUUAAUUGUAAGCACCACACUUCUUGUAGUCUUAAAUUGCCAGGAUGAUCUACAAACAAAUGCAUUUUUACUUAUACCUUAUUGCUCUUAGUGGUGUAGUGUAACGAUGGAAUGGAACCACAGUAAUGUAGUUCUAGUGGCUUUUGUGUAUAUAUAAUUAUAUAUUAAACUGUACUGAUAUGUUAGUGCUAGAAUAGAGUGUUCGUGCCACUUACUUUACAAAGGUUUACUGUAUACUCCUAUGUUAGUGCUAGAAAAUGGCUGAAUUUUGAUGGGGUUUAGUUUUCAUUCUGAACUUCAGCUCGUCUACAGGCCCCUCAGGCCCUCACUCAAACAUGUGUGUGGAUUUGUGACUAAAAAAAACACACACACACACAUUCCAGGAAAGAAGCAUGUAUCUGAACUGUACACUUUAAAACAUUGUCUGAAAUCAUUAGGUAGCAUUGAACUGAAAUCAUUUUGUUAUUAGAUUACCUUUUCAGUCCCUCUCAAUUCUUGGGAACCAAACAGGGCUUCGGUGUUUUGUUGUCUGGAUUCAAGACACCUUAGGCCUUGUUUGUUUGUGUCGGAUUGGUGGGUCGGAACGAUUUCUAACCGGAUUGCUUCUCUAAUUUAUAUAAACUUUGAGUAGCUGUAACGAUUCCGGGUACAAUCCGACACAAAUGUUCGUUUGUCCAGGAAUGGACCAGGAAUCAUUCUAGCUGAUCAAAACUUAUAUAAAUUAGAGAAACAAACCGGCUAGGAAUUGUUCCAUGCCUCCAUUCCCGAAGAAACGAACGGCCCCUUACAGUGGUUGCUCGUUUGUGCUAGAUUUCACUGGGAAUUGUUUCAGCUGAUCAAACCUUAUAUAAAUUAGACAAAAAAUCUGGCUAAGAAUCGUUCUCCCCCAAAACUGAAAAUGCCCUUAGAAUAGAUUGGACACAUGUAUUGUGAGUGUACGCGUCUGCUUGGUUCAGCUUUUUUCUGACCAGCUUUUCUGAGCUGGCUGUGGGGAGAAUUUGGCGGUGGAGCGGAUCUGAGUAUCCAUAUGAUCUAGAAAGUGACGAAUUCCUACUAUUGCAAUGACUCGACGAAUUAUGUGUUUAUAUUGAUCUUAGAUGGGUUUUAACAAAUUGAUUUUAUAGAAGUUGUCGGAAAAGUUGAACGUUUGGCGGUCCGCAACCGCUUUUGUUGGAGAGAAGGUGUAAAAAGAUAAAACAAACCGGGCAUAUAUCUACUGGUCCUGCGCUAUACGGUGUGACUAUCAACUUUGAGCACGUGUAUAUUGUGCUUCUCAAAAAGAAACUUUUCAAAAAAAAAAAUGCAACCGAAAUGUAAAAGGCAGUCCGUUUUUUUUUCAAAAAGGAAAAUGCUACUACUUUGUUUGUGUUUUUUCAAACACACGGCAGACUCGGGCCCUCACGUACACACGGCACACUCGCGUCCGUGUUCCACACGUGUGCCGGCUUAAAAGGGCAGCAACCUUGCCACAAGGUGGACGGCAAGUCGGCAAUUCGCAACGAGACCCGGAAGCACCUGGGUUUACAACUUUCUUUUAUUUUUGUUGUCUUUGGUGCAAAGCAGAUUCUAGGUCAUUUUCCCCUUGUUCUUUUAAGAAAAAAGAGAGAGAGGAGAAGCCAAUGCUGUAUUACCAGCAAUGGAAGGAGGCGCGAAAGGACGGGGACGUCGCUUUGUGAGUCAGGCCGGGCAGCGGCAGCGGCGGCGGCGAAAAGAGAACAGAGUUGCGAAGAAAGCUCUCCGGCCGGGGUGGGAUCUCUGGUGGCAGCAGCGUUCGUCCACGAGGAUCCGAUUCGGCCGUCGGAGUAGAGGGAGCAGUAAAGAAAAGGAAGGGUCCCGACUCCCGAGGGAUCAAAGUCACCGACGCCGCGCCGGCGGGCGCAGUCACCAAACAGGGACAGAGUACUACAGACUGGUCCCUGUCCUGUACGUAGCCGCUACUGCUCAGCUCGGCUCACCAGCAGCAGCAGACGCCAGCGCCAGCCUUGAGCUGCUGUGCCGAAGCGGCCGGAUCCUGGGUCCGUCCCCUCCAUUCCCCCACUAUAAACUAGGCGUGCUGGUACAGAGGUGCACGCGCACUCUCUGACUCAGCUACGAUCUGAAAGAAACCCGCCACCAGCUCUCGUCCUUCCUUCUCUCCAAUCCAACCGCAAUCCUUUCAGCUUCAGCUUCUUCUGCUCCUUCUCUGGUGAGGAGGCGUGGUGAGAGACUGCGACUGCGCGAUGGAGGCGUCGUCGUCGGCGUUGGCGCUCGUGGCCGCCGUGCUCCUCCUCUCCUCCCCGCUCGCUGCGUCAGAUUUCUGCGUGUGCCGUUCGGACCAGCCGACGGCGGUGCUGCAGAAGGCGAUCGACUUCGCGUGCGGCCCGCAGGGCGGCGCCGACUGCACGCCCAUCCUGCAGGGCGGCGGGUGCUACAGCCCGGACACCGCCGCCGCGCACUGCUCCUGGGCCGCCAACACCUACUACCAGAACAACAAGGCCAGGGGCGCCACCUGCGACUUCGGCGGCGCAGCCACCGUCUCCACCACCGACCCGAGUACAAACGAUUCCUCCACCACCGACACGAGUUUCUCCGGGUGCACUUUCGCUUCCAGUGCCACCAGCGCCGGUGCUGGGACUGGAACCGGGACGGCGGGCAGCAGCACCUUCAGCCCCAGCGCGGGCACCGGCUUCAACGGCACCGGGAACGGGAUGGGCGGCAGCACUACUACCGGCCUGGGACCCACGGGCAACGCCUUUGACGCCGCCGCCGCCGCCGCGCCGGGCCUGCUCCCCAGCGCCGCGUCCCUCGGCCUCGCACUCGCCGUCCUCUCCUUCCUAACCUAGCCCUGCCGCGCCAUUAACGGCAGCCUCCCCUCGUCUUAUGUCUGGUCGUGUUCAGUACCAUACCUCUCUGAACAUGAGCCAGCUGCUGCUGCUACUUGGCUUGCUCCAUGGCGGAAGGGGACGGGCCGGGGAGCUGUACGUACUGCGACGAAGAAGAGUGCGGUGGAACUGGCUGGUUGGUUGGUUUUGGUUCCAGCUUCAUUUUCACCUCACACCCCACACUGCUAGUGGCGACGGUGGUUGGGGUUGCGGGGUGCGGUGCGUGCCUUUUUUGAUGAAUCCUAGCUACACGACGGGAUGGCGUGUGGUUUAUUCGCUGGUAGGAUGGCUGUCUCUUUUCCUCCGAGGACCAUUCAUGUCUUCCUUGUUUGUACGUACCUCUCUUCUUUUCUUGUUUUAUGUACAAGACUUGUCGCUAGCCCUUUGUUUGUUUGUUUCUAAUCAAACUCUUUGUUCUGCUGCCAUUAUUUACUUGUGAUUAGUUUAAGCCUA